AGAUUUUCGUAUUUAACAACUUGAGAUCAGCCAAUGCCACCUCACAAACCAUAGACACAAAUCGAAAUCAUGACAGACCUACUCGUUUCAAAACCUCUUGAGCUACCAUGCGGCCUCACGCUGCCCAACCGCCUUGUCAAGGCAGCCCUCGCUGAGGAAAUGGCUGAUCGUCAAAAUCUUCCUACAACAGAGCAGAUGGAGCGUACAUAUGGUGCCUGGGCUGAUGGAGGCUGGGGUAUGAUCCUGACUGGAAAUGUUCAGAUUGACGAUCGAUACCUCGGUGGAUUCGCUGAUUGCUCCAUCAAUGGGAAUCUGCCAGAAGAAAAAGUCCUUGAGGCGUAUAAGAGAUUCGUUGGUAUUUGUCGAAGAAAGGGAACGCCGACAAUCAUGCAAAUCAACCAUCCGGGUCGACAGUCGCCCAUUGGAGCUGGCAGCAAAUCAUUCUUGGCUAAGAAUAUCGCCCCGAGUGCUGUUCCGCUUGAUAUGGGAAACGACAUUAUUUCAAAGAUCGUGACGACCUUUGUCUUUGGAUGUCCAAAGGAGAUGACGCUAGAGGACAUUGAGGAUGUUGUAAAGCGAUUUGCUAAUACAGCCCGGAUCGCAGCGGCCGCCGGUUUCGAUGGAGUUGAGAUUCAUGCUGCUCAUGGGUAUCUCUUGUCUCAGUUCCUGUCUGCAAAGUCCAAUAAGCGAACCGAUGCGUAUGGAGGAUCAGCAGUAGCCAGGGCAAAGAUCAUCGUCGACGUCGUCAAGGCAAUCCGAGCAGCAACGCCAGCGAACUUUUGCGUCGGUCUCAAGAUGAACUCUGCAGACCACCAGUCUCCCACUGAGCUCCAGGAGUGUCUGGAGCAAAUUUCUCUGAUUACAGAGGUCGGUUUGGACUUUUUGGAAGUCAGCGGCGGAAGCUACGAGAACCCAACUAUGUUCACCGGGACUGGUGAGAAGAAAGCCGCCAGUACAGCUGCGCGAGAGUCGUUCUUCCUCGAAUUCGCCCAUGAGGUGCGCGCCAAGUUUCCAAAGGUUCUUCUGAUGGUCACUGGCGGGUUCCGCACGCGAGCGGGUAUAGAAGAUGCUCUGAGUCAAGGUGCUUGCGACCUAAUUGGAAUUGGCAGGCCCUCUAUCAUCAACCCCUCUUUGCCUGCGAGUAUCAUUUUGAACAAGGAGGUCAAGACUGAGGAUGCGAAGCUUUAUGCGAAAAGGAUUCAUACUCCGUGGAUCCUGAAGCAGAUUGGACCCAAGAGCGUUGGAUCUGGUGUUGAAAUUACAUGGUACAGGAAGCAACUGCAGGCUAUCGGAAAGUGAGAAAUCGCGGUGCUGAGUUCCUGUUUACUGUCGUUUUCUUCGCUAUAGGAUAUCCCAAGGCCAUAUUAGGCCUUUUUGAUGGAGAUUCAUAUUUGCAAAAUAAUUCCUAGAGCUUGAGCUCAAUUAGAACAAUAGACUUGUUUUCCCAUGAUCACGAAAAUUGGUGGUUCAUGCAAAGGCAGUGCA